ACUCUUUUUUUUUUCUUGUCAUCAUUAUAAUGUCUUCUCCUCUUACUUAUUCUACUUUUGAUAGUAUUCAAGACUCUGUUUCAUAUCUUCGUGUAAACUUUGACACUGGUAAAGCACGACCUCUGUCUUUCCGAAAAUUGCAAAUUCAACAACUUUAUGAUCUUGUUAAAGAUAAUGAAGAACGCAUUUAUGAAGCCUUGGCAAAGGAUAUGAAUAAACCUCGUAGUGAAGCUCUUAGUGGUGAUAUUGCUCCUGUUCUCGAAGAAUGUUUAUACUUUUUAGACAAUCUUGAUCGUUUAGCUAAAGAAGAAAAAGUCAAACCUCGUCUUGGCAUGCAUGCUAUGGACACUGUCAAGGUGCGUAGAGAUCCUCUUGGUGUGGUACUUAUUAUUGGCUGCUGGAAUUAUCCUGUUCAAUUAUCCCUUGUUCCAUUAGUGGGUGCUAUUGCUGCUGGUAACGCUGUUGUACUCAAGUUAUCUGAAAUAUCUUCCUAUACUGCUGCUUUACUUACUGAAUUGAUCCCUCGUUAUCUCAACAAUGCUCUUUAUCGUGUGGUUAAUGGUGCUGUGGAAGAAACUACUUUUUUGUUGACUCAAAAAUUUGAUCAUAUAUUUUAUACUGGUAGUCCUAAUGUGGGUAAAAUCGUUAUGGCUGCUGCUUCUAAACAUUUAACUGGCGUUACCUUGGAAUUGGGGGGAAAAUCUCCUGCGGUCAUUACUGAAGAUGCUGAUAUACAACUGGUAGCCAAUCGUAUUGCUUUUGGUAAAUUCUACAACUGUGGUCAAAUUUGUAUUGCUGUUGAUUAUGUUCUUUGUCCUGCCGCUCGUCUGGAUGAAUUUACUAAUGCUUUCCGAAAGACAAUCAAGGAAUGGUUCGGUGAAAAUCCCAAAAACUCCAAGGAUUAUGCUCGACUUGUGUCUGUGCGUCACGUGGAUCGUAUUGCUGGUAUUAUUGAAAAUCGAAAAUCUGGAGGUAUUGUUUUUGGUGGUGAUGUUGAUCGUGAUUCCCGGUAUAUUGCUCCUACUUUAAUCACGGAUGUCAAAUUUAAUGAUGAUGUUUUGAUGGGUGAAGAAAUCUUUGGUCCUGUACUUCCUGUUAUUACCUAUAAUAAUUUGGAUGAAGCCAUCACUCUGAUCAAGAAAAAUCCUCCUCCUCUUGUGUUAUAUAUUUUUAGCAAGAAACAAAAGCUUAUUGAACAAGUCUUACAAAACACUCAAUCUGGAGGUGUCUGUGUUAACGAUACAUUGAUGCAUCAAGCUGAAUACGCAUUACCAUUUGGUGGUGUUGGUAACUCUGGUGUAGGCAACUACCAUGGUCAUCGUUCUUUCAAUACCUUUACUCAUGAACGUGCCAUCUUGCAAAAGAAACAAAAACUUGAAUUUAUCAACAAGGUUCGUUAUCCUCCUUACAACUCUUCUCGGGAUGCUAUUCUUCGCAACUUUAUGGUGACCCAUCCUUAUAUUGUGUAUCUUAAACGAAACCGUGGUCCUAUUAAGACUAUUCUUAUCUUGAUCUUCUUAUUCCUUGUCUAUUUGAAGAAACGGGCUUAAGCUGGCUAGGCUUUUUUUUAUAUUUUUUUUUUAUUUGAUCUUGUAGUUAUACUUUAUUUUUUAUAUGACCUCUUUCUCUUUCUCAUUACUUGUAACUUAUUUGAAUACAAAUGAAUAAAAAAAAUUUGGGUGACAUAGUGAAUCCAUUCUUUUUUUAUUUUAUUUUAUUUUUUUAUCUUCCUUCUCUAUAUUCAUUGUCUCAUUAUCAUCAUACAAAUAUCA